AGCAAAAAUAGGAGUGUUCGAAAGAUGAGGAUAAUGAGUAACCGCAAGCCACAGGCAUGUGUAGCGGCACUACCUUCAAAUCUUUCGAGGAGCAAACCACAGGAGAAUGGUCAAACACGCGAGGGCAUCGACGUUUCUUUAUGGAUCACUUGGGGGAAACUAGUCGGAUAAAAAACCCCACCUUACAUACACAUAUCAGAACCAAUAUGCUAGGGUUUAGGGUUAUAUGAUCACGUGGACCACUCUCCACCCACAGCACUCCCAAAAUUGUACUAAACAAAACUUGGGCUUUCAAUUUGUAUAUGCUUAGGCGGUAGUCUAGUUUCGAUGUGGGACUUUUUGGUAAGAAGUAAGUAGAUGCUACUUCUGUAAUUAAUUAAGUUGACUGCUCUCCAAACCCGAGAGAAUCGGACCGACCAAAAUGGCUCCAAAAUCCGAUACCCAUUCUUCUGUUACCGCCGCCGGCGACUCAUCCUCCACCUCUGUCGAUCCCCUCUUUCACGCACUCCGUCUGAUCCCGUACAGCUUUCUCCGGACGCCGCGUCUACGCCUCAAGCUUCCUACCUUCACCUUACCUUCUCCCAUGACUGUCUACGCCCUAGUCCUUCUGACGUACUUUAUGGUGGUCUCCGGCAUUGUCUACGACGUCAUUGUCGAGCCCCCAGGGAUUGGCUCCACCCAGGACAGGGCCACAGGGGCGGUCCGACCCGUGGUGUUCCUCCCUGGGCGAGUUAACGGCCAGUACAUAAUCGAGGGUUUGUCUUCGGGUUUCAUGUUUGUGCUUGGUGGAGUGGGGAUUGUUCUCAUGGAUCUCGCUCUCGAUCGCAAUCGAGCGAAGAGCGUGAAGGUCUCCUAUGCCUCCGCCGGGAUCUCCUCCGUCGUCAUUGCUUAUAUCAUGAGUAUGCUCUUCAUUCGCAUCAAAAUUCCGGCUUAUCUUAGUUAAGAUUUGCUAUGUUUUCAUAUAGUUUUUGUUUUUAUUGUUCUGGAAAUUAUGAAACUGUGAUUAGAAUCGCUAAUAUAGAGUUCUUGAUUUGAAGGUUAUAUAAACCUUAAUAACUUAUGCCUGAACUCAUGUGCUAUUGCCAGGACUUAAAAUAUAUGCUGAGCUUUUUGUAUGAGUUUCAUCUAUUGAUACUUAAAGUUUCUACAGCUCAUGGGGUUUUUUCUAAA